GGAAGGAGGUAAAACGAGAAGGAUGUAAAGGAGAGGCAUCGAAUUCGAUUCCUCCCCUUUGCUCCACUCUUUCUGCGCUGCAGUCCACUGGCACAAGCAUCAUUCCAUGGAUUCCUCACCUUUCCUCUUGUGAGGUAGCUCCCCCCCCUCCCCUCUCCCAAGCCUCCCUUCUCCUGCGCAGCUCGGAGGAGUUGCCCCUCUCCUUCCACCAAUUCAUGCCUGCCUGCCUGCCUGCCGUGCUCUGCAAUCCAUGUCGGGUUCAGAGAGCACGACCGGUAACCAUCUGCCCCAGCUGCGAUCCAUUCGUAUGUUGUUUAUUCUGAUCCGAGCUAGCUUUCCUCUGGCUCAAGCUUUCUUGCUUCCUUUGUCAGCAAGCCAUCAUCACUUUGAUUCUUUUCUUUGGCGGAAAGUUUCACAUAGAAUACCUGGUGAUGGUAGAUGCUUGUUCAGAUCUGUGGUUCAUGGUGCUUGCCUGAGAGCAGGGAAACCAAGUCCAAGUGAAAGUAUUCAGAAAGAACUUGCAGAUGAGCUGAGAUCAAAAGUGGCUGAUGAAUUCAUCAGGAGAAGAACAGAUACAGAGUGGUUUCUUGAAGGUGACUUUGAUACAUAUGUGAAGCAGAUCAGAAAGCCUCAAGCAUGGGGUGGUGAGCCUGAGCUGCUCAUGUGUUCUCAUGUUCUUAGGAUGCCAAUCACUGUUUACAUGUCUACCGACAGCUCCGAUGGCCUCAAGAUAAUAGCAGAGUAUGGUCAAGAGUAUGGAAAGGAGAAUCCAAUUAGAGUUCUCUAUCAUGGAUAUGGACACUAUGACGCAUUGCAAAUGCCUCUCACGAAAACAAAGUCAAAAUGGUACAUGAAAAGUUGAAGAAUUGCAUAGAAAACAAGAUCCACAAGGUUUCAGAUUACUUGAUGUUCUUACAUGAAGAAUCAUUUUAGAGCUAAGAAACGUAUCAUCUUAACCUCAAGAAAUCAACUGUCAACAACAUCAAAUGUCAACCAUCCUCCUUGGGUGUAUGAUGACACAGCUUAUUGAGUUCCAAGUCCAUGAUAUCAUGAUCAUCAAUUCAUAGUAUAUGUUCAUCAUCAAGUAUAAAUGAGUUGACACCUCUGAUGCAUAUGUGUUCCUGUUCCCUUAAUACAUACUAUGAAGCAAAUGUAUUCUGAUCAAUUGGUUCCAUAAACACCUCAAUUUCAAGAUUGCUGAAUACAAUAAUUGAGCUGAAGUGGUA